CGGCGAUUUUGUUCUACGCGUCGGAGAAAUGGUUGAGAGAGAGGACCGAGUUUCUUUGGAACUCAGCGAAGAAAUUAUACAGAGCAUGGAACCUGGCGCCGUUUUCAGAGACUAUAAUUGCAGGAUCAGCUCGAUUGACUUUCACAAAACUUCGACUUGUAUGGUGACAGCUAGCGACGAUGACUCUAUUCGUCUCUAUGAUGUUGCCAGCGCCACAUGUCUGAAGACAAUUAAUAGCAAAAAGUAUGGUGUUGAUCUUGUUUGCUUCACUUCCCAUCCUACUACUGUCAUCUACUCUUCCAGAAACGGAUGGGACGACUCUCUUAGGCUUCUCUCUUUGCACGAUAAUAAGUACUUGCGCUACUUCAAAGGCCAUCAUGACAGAGUUGUUUCGCUUAGCUUGUGUUCUGGUGGGGAAUGCUUCAUCUCCGGUUCCCUUGACCGAACUGUUUUGCUUUGGGAUCAAAGGGUCGAGAAAUGCCAGGGUCUCUUACGAGUCCAAGGAAGGCCUGCUGCUGCAUAUGAUGAUCAAGGGUUAGUUUUUGCAAUUGCCUUUGGUGGCUACAUAAGAAUGUUUGAUGCUCGUAUGUACGAAAAGGGUCCUUUUGAAAUAUUUUCCGUUGGUGGUGAUCUUUCUGAAGCAAACGUCGUGAAAUUUAGUAAUGAUGGAAGGCUCAUGCUACUUACAACCAUGGAUGGUUUUAUUCAUGUGCUUGACUCGUUUCGUGGAACACUUCUGUCCACAUUUAGUGUGAAACCAGUAGCUGCAGAAUCUACAUUGGAUGCAACCUUCAGUCCUGAAGGGAUGUUUGUUGUUUCAGGUUCAGGCGAUGGUAGUACCCAUGCAUGGGGUGUAAGGAGCGGAAAACAGGUACAUAGUUGGAUGGGUAUAGGCAGUGAGCCCCCAGUCAUUAAAUGGGCUCCAGGAAGUCCCAUGUUUGUGACCGGCUCUUCCGAACUUGCGUUUAUAAAGAAGCCUAUGGCUGCAAAGGAAGUUGUUUCUGCCUCAACUUUAGAAUCUAAGAUCACUGAGGAGGAUCAUCACCUCUGGAUGCGAGCUAUGGAUUGGAGCCGCUCCUCCAACAUCAGUAUUCUGCAAGACAGAUUCAUAGCUGCUGAGGAUUCUGCUCUUGUUUCACAAAAGGAUGUUGAGAUUCUCUUGAGACGAGUGAAAACUUGUACAGCCUUAUUGACUUACCUGAAAUCUAAAGCGACUACUGUGGCUGCUGCCGAUUUGGCCAAUCUAUCACUUGGAACUGUCCAGCUCCAAGGCUCGAUAGACGAACAUGAUGGGACUUAUGUCACUGAGAUGCUUCAGCAUGUCGAGACCGUUACAGGCGUCAUGGAGUCUCUGGCUAGGCGUGCUAUCAUCGCCGAAUCAGAAGCCGCAAUCGAGAAAGGAAAGGUUGUGCUAAGUCAAGAAGAGAUUCAAAGAAAAGUUGGCCAAAUCGAGAACAUGUCCGUCAAGUUAGAGGACAUGGAAAAGUUUGCUCUUGGGACCAGUGGUAUUCUCUGUGAAAUGCGGCAGAGGGUUGAUGAUUUGGUUGAAGAGACGUCUAGACAGAAGCAAAGAGCUACGGAAAAUGAGCAGGAACUCAGUCGUGUCAGGAGAGACUUUGAGUCUCUUAAAUCCUAUGUUACAAGUCUCAUUAGCGUCAGAGAAACACUCGUCUCAUCGGAGAAGCAGUUCCAAACAAUCGAGAGGCUUUUUGAACGGCUUGUUGCAAAGACAACGCAGUUGGAAAGCGAGAAAGUGCAGAAAGAAGCAGAGGUUCAGAAACUAAUGGAAGAGAAUGUAAGAUUGACGGCUCUUGUGGACAAGAAAGAGGCACAGCUUCUGGCCAUGAAUGAGCAGUGCAAAAUGAUGGCCCUAAGCUCUAUAUGAUGCUCAGAGAUGAAAAUUGCUACUUAAUCUUUUCUUCCACGUGUAAUAUAAAGAAAUUCUUAUU